CUCCAACUACUCGUUCAAAAUCAAGUACUCUGAGUCAUGCAUUGAGUAUGUGUGUGAAGAUUGCUGGGGUUUUGGGUCUUAAUUUCGGAGUUUUUAGAAACGUGAAUUUUCCCAGUUGCUAAAAGAACAUGGCAGCAAACGUCGUGAGACCAGGGAGGAAUGAAAAUGGAGUCGUCGUGACAGAACCCGCAGCCAAAGUGAAUGAGAUCAAGAAAGAAUGGUCUGUCAUUGAAGAUGGCGCCCUCGCUCACAAACUACAAGAGGAAGAGAACACAACCCAUUAUUCUGGUAACAUCAGCCGACGACGGACGGUCAGAUCGGACAUCAGGACAGCCAAAUCCGCAGCCGAUGAAGAGGCUCUGCAGGCGUUCAAAGAAGAACAUGAUAUCGCCGAAAAAAAUCGACAGAGGGAGCUGGAAGAUGCAGAGGCGGCCAAGAAACUCCUCCAGGAUAUGAUGGAGGAGGAGAAACAGAAGAUCAGAGAGCUGCGCCAACGAGAGAAUGAGGAGAGGGAUCGGGAGGCUGCCAAGGAGCUCUACCAACAAAUGAUGGAAGACGAGAAGCGCAAACACAGGCAGCAGAGGUCGUUUCAAGAAACUGACGAGGAGUUAGCCCUACGUCUUCAAGCUCACGAGGAGAGGAAACAGCGCAUCUUGAGUCAGAAGCAUCACUCUCUGGAUCAAGAGAUGGAGAGUGAACGCUUGGCUCAUCAUCUAGCCAGAGAAGAGAAGAUGAGAAGUCGGUCCCAGCGUGAGCGAGCUCAGUACGACCCGACAGACGACGGCAUACGGCAUCAUCGACGUAAGCACGACGACAAGCAUUCAGAAUCGAGGGUUCGUAGGGACGGGCCAGAGCCAACUGAUCAUAGGACCCAUAAACACAAACAAAGACAGGCUGAGCCACUGCAAGCAGACAGACAGAGGCCCCCAGAAUCCAGAGGACAAACAGGCACACCACAACACAAACAGAGACAGGCUGAGCAACAGCAAACAGAUAGACAGAGGCUGUCAGAGUCCAGAGGACAAACAGGCACGCCACAACACAAAGAAAGACAGGCUGAGCAACAGCAAACAGAUAGACAGAGGCUGUCAGAGUCCAGAGGACAAACGGGCACACCACAACACAAACAAAAACAGGCAGAGCCACAGCAAACGGACAGACAGAGGUCACCAGAGUCCAGAAGACAAACAGGCACGCCACAACACGCAACCGACCCUUGGGAGUAUCUAUACAAGCCGAGACAAAAAGAGGAAAAAAAGCAACAAAAAGAGGGAAAAAAGCAAAAACGGACGGAAAUAACAGAACAUAGAGAUGUGGAGAAACCACUGGAGCCUCCGGAACGAAGGAAGAAGCAAAGAUCACCGGAGCGGAGAGAACAAACAAGCAAGCCACCAACGACUGACAGCUUAGAGUCUCAAGAUAAAUCAAGAAAAUCAGAGCCCACAGAGCAUAGAGAUCCACAAACACCAAUGGAGCCUGUGCAGCAAAAGCCGCUUGAACCUCCAGAACGUCGGAAAAAACACAGGCCACCAGAGCCAAGCGAACCUAAAGAUAAGCACGGAGAGAAAGACUAUCUGAUGCCAAACGUUGCCGGCCUGAAGGUUGCGAUAGAUGAGGAAACGGUGCCGGAACUUCCUGCGAGAAAACACAAACCGAAGCGAGUGCCACGACAGCACAGCGCGCCGGCGUACACUGGAUACCCGCAGAGCGACAGUGACGAAGAGACGGACGUCAUCGCCCUAAUCCAGGAUGACGAGGAGUUGGCAAGAAGGCUACAAAGAGAAGAGAUACAGAGGUCUAGAGCCCCGUCUCAAAAAACUGAACAACAAAGGAAGCAACUCAUACAUGACCAGAAAAUUGCAAUCAAGAUGCAGCAUGAAGAAGUGAUGUUUUCCAAGAAGAAAACGUAUGAUAACUACAUGGGGAAGGUGAAGGAUGAAAUCGCCGACCCAGAGCCUAUGGUCCAUGUCAGUCGCCAAAACAAAACAGCAGUUCCUGUAGAUGCCAAGUACGCAGAGGGAGUGCAGCUAACCGACUACACAGCCGCGGAGGUAGCUCAACAGCGCCGCACCAGUGGGAGUGGCCAAGCUGGUGUGGGGGCGGAGGGUAACAUCAUGGCCACCAUUGAUCCGACGUUCAACAAGCCUGAUCCUGGCAACGUUGUCCUGCUCAAGAAGACGUCGCUGAAUGAGGAGCCACCACCACCACCCCCAGGGGAUGACGGUGCUUUCAACGCCGUCCCAGGAUCCAAACGCAAGGAUUCCAAGGAUAAAGGCAAGAGGAGCAGUAUAUUCUCCAAGCUCAAGAAGAAGUAAUAAGUAAUAUCGUUUGCCUUCCAUUUUCAAUUUCUUUUUCCUUGAUACAAAAUUGGAAUUUGGAGCUCAAUACUAAGAUCUCCUAGAAGUUGAUAAUAAUAUCAUUUAUUAAAAAAACAACAACGGAUUGGGACUUUGAAGAGCUGGGACAUUUAUGUAUUGUGAAUUUGAAUAUUUUAUGUUUUCAAAAUCCAUGGACUUUCUCCCUUUUUUUGCAUGAAAUAUUUGUGACCAAACAUAAAUAAAAGUAUUCUUAUCAGUUGGAAUCAGAGAAAUGUCACUAGGCUUCGUAUGUAGGUCCAUGCUUACAUUUCUCAAUUUUUUUAUUUAUUUAUUUUAAUGCUAUGGACAUUUUUGCAAGACUUUUUUCCUGUAUCCUGCCAAAUCCACCUCUUUGCUGGAACCUUACCUUGCGAGGGAUAUCAAGCCCCAUGUAAAAUAAAAAUUGUUUGGAUCUGCUUCCCUCAAUCCUAUGAAAUCCUUCAAAAUGUUUUGGUAGAUUUCAAAGGAUCCAGGGAGGGGGAAGGACCACCAUAUAAACUUGACUUUCAAUGAGGAAGUGAGUGUUAUGAGAGAAAAAAUAAUAAACCUAAAAAAAAAAUUGUGUUAUUCCCCAUAGGUUUAACUGUAAGCCAUGUUUGGUAAUUAGGUAUUCAAUAAUCAAAUAAUGAAUUUAAAUAUUAUGAAUAUUCAUUGCACUAUUGCUAUGCUAAUUUCAUAUGCAAACUGAAAUGACAGAAUGCUGUUCCACAAAGCAAUUCGUGUAAAACGCAACAAUGUGAGCAGUUCUGAGGCUGAAUAGUUUUUUUUUUUUUACAAUUUAAGAUUUUCUAUAGUUGUGCGCUGAAAAUGAAGCUUUAACCACAAAAUCCAACAAAAAUAAAGUCUUUCUGAAUUUAGUUUAGGCUGAAAGAAAAAUUAAUAUUUGUAACGAAGAUUUUUUUUUAUCCAUAACAUACAUAUACCUACUUAUAUUUUUAAUUAGUAUUUGUAUAAACAAAUUCAAAUUGUAGAAAAGAAAAAAACUAUUUGAAUGCAUUUAAAAUAUACAGCAAUACAUCAUUUAUCACUGUAGAUACUGAAACUUGUAUGAAAUCAGCAUAAAGCAAUAUAAACUGUGUAGCAAAUGUUUAUUGUCUUUGAAAAGGAGGGGAUUUUUUAAUGUAAAGAAGGUACAGAUCUAAGAUUAGAGGGCCAGUUAUAUGGUAUAUAUGGAAACAAAUACUUUGAUAGUGUGACAUCAACGAUUUUACAAAAUGUUAGUUUGAAAUUGCUUGCUUCAGUUUUUCCACUUUUACUACAGGGUAAUGGUGUAAGAGUGUAAGAAACAAUGUAUUUACCAAUGUGCCAUA